GGGUGGCGGCGGGGCUGCGGCGUUAGGCCCGGCGGCCGAGCCGUGGUGGCUGAGGCCAUGGCUUCUUCCUGGGCUGCGCUCUCGCCCAGCAUUGUGGAGUAUUUCGAGGGCGAGGACUUCUACCGCUGCGGAUACUGCAAGAACGAGUCGGGUAGUCGCUCCAAUGGCAUGUGGGCCCAUUCCCUGAUGGCACAGGAUUAUCAGGCUCUUAUAGACCGAGGAUGGCGAAGAAGCGGGAAAUACGUGUACAAACCUGUCAUGAAUCAAACAUGUUGUCCUCAGUAUACAAUAAGGUGCCGACCUUUGCAGUUUCAGCCCUCAAAAUCUCACAAGAAGGUUUUGAAAAAGAUGUUGAAAUUUCUGGCCAAAGGGGAGAUUUCCAAAGGACAUUGUGAAGACGAGCCCAUGGAUUCCCUAGUGGAGGAUGCUGUUGCGGGUGACUUUGCGUUAAUAAAUAAAUUGGACAUACAGUGUGACCUCACAACGCUAAGUGAUGACCUGAAACAGAGCCUAGAGAGUGAAGAGAAGGAGAAAGGAAAAAACGCAAAGGAAGAACCCAGGGACUUAAUUCAGUCACAACAUACAGAAGAGAAGUUGGGCUCUGGUGAACCGUCACAUUCAGUGAAAGCCCACACCGUUCCUAAACCAGGCAAGGGGGCUGAUUUGAGUAAGCCCCCAUGUCGAAAAGCAAAGGAAAUCCGGAAAGAAAGGAAAAGGUUAAAGCUUAUGCAGCCAAGUGCAGCCGGGGAACUCCAGGGUGUCCCGGCCCAAGGAGAACCGCCAUCUUUGAUCCCGCCAAAGGCUAAAUCCAACCAGCCCAAAUCCCUUGAAGAUUUAAUUUUUGAACCUUUACCGGAGGAUGCAGCCCACAAGUUAGAGGUGAGGCUAGUACCUGUCUCUUUUGAGGACCCAGAGUUCAAGUCGUCCUUCAGCCAGUCAUUUUCUUUGUAUGUCAAGUAUCAAAUGACCAUACACCAGGAUCCGCCUGAUGAAUGUGGGAAGACUGAGUUCACAAGAUUCCUUUGCAGCUCACCUUUGGAGGCAGAGAAUCCCCCGGACGGACCCGAGUGUGGUUAUGGCUCCUUUCACCAGCAGUACUGGCUUGAUGGGAAGAUCAUUGCUGUGGGCGUGAUUGACAUCCUCCCGCACUGCGUGUCCUCUGUGUAUUUGUACUACGACCCCGACUACUCCUUUCUGUCUCUGGGUGUCUACUCUGCGCUGAGAGAAAUUGCUUUCACUAAGCAACUUCAUGAGAAAGUGCUUCCACUCAGCUACUAUUACAUGGGUUUCUACAUUCAUUCCUGUCCCAAAAUGAAAUACAAGGGUCAGUACAGACCUUCGGAUUUGUUGUGUCCUGAGACGUAUGUUUGGGUCCCCAUUGAGCAAUGCCUGCCCUCGCUUGAAAACUCCAAGUAUUGCCGUUUCAACCAGGACCCAGAAGCAGUGGAUGAAGACCGCAGCAAGGAGCCUGACCGACUGCAGGUGCUGCACAAGAAAGCCGUGAUGCCUUACGGUGUGUAUAAGAGACAGCAGAGGGACCCCAGUGAGGAGGCGACCGUCCUGCAGUACGCGAGCCUGGUGGGGCAGAGCUGCUCCGAGAGGAUGCUGCUGUUCAGAAGCUGA